UAACAACUCGCACAGAUGUUUUGGAUACAGCACUUGGGACGCCGUUUACAAAACUUUAAAACGGAAAGAAACCAAAUAUUACGCUAGACAAAAAACGCGAAAAAUCAAACAGUUUCAGAUGUGCCCAUAAUGUUCAUAUGUUGAAGCCGACUCCAAAAUGAAUCGCAGUGGGCCAGUUUCGGAGGAGAAAGCCGUACGUCGAAUUGCCCUCAAUGACUAUAUAAUCCUGUCCCGCCAAUUGCUGAUCAAUCGCAAAGCGAGCCGGGAUCAGGACAAACGUAGUGCCAAGAUGCUGGUGGUCCUGGCCAGUGGUCAGCAGCAGAUCAUCACGUUCACGCUGCCCAGCUCCUCAUGUACGGUGCAGGAUCUGCUCCGGCAGAUGGGCGUUAAGUUCGAUGAUAGCACCACAAUUGAUUGCAUGGAGAAUGCCGGUGGCAGUAUCCAUGUGGUCGUCUCUGUGGGCAUCGAUAUCAGUGCCACCGAUCCCCAGAUGGUUGCCCAGGCGGAGGAGUUCUACAGGGAGAUGCAUCAGUCCAAAACCGCUGCUGGCAAGGAGACAUCCGCUCCUGCGGCUGGAAAACCAACAGCUACGGCGGUUGCCAGCAAUCCUACCAAGAGCAAGAAACACAAGAAGAGUCGUUCCGCAGCGGGGGACACCAACACCGCCCGUGAUGUGAUGUCGUCGGCGGACCAAGAGGCCAAUGCGCGGCGCAGCAAGAAACGCAAGAAGUGUCAUUCUGCGGAGGACAACAAUGGUUAUCAAGCUGCAGUUGCUCCUGACAACAAUGGUUUAGCCAGCAAGAAGCCGGGGAAUCGCCACUCUGCGAGCGAAAUCCCAACUCCUGCAAAGAAGAGCAACGGUUUCCCGGCCAUUCAAUCAGCUGGAGAUGCAAUCCAGUCGAAUGAUCAAGUGGCAAAUGCCACUGCUCGCAAGAAAUCGGAGGAGACAGCUGGUGGUACGCAGUCACGAGCGCCAACAAAUGUGGCAUCCAAAGGCUUGCCAGCUAAGCCCACGCCGGAGGAACGCGCAGAGCAGAGUCGCCUGCGCAGGAAUCGCAAGUGGAUACUGAGCCGGGACUUUGAUGACGAGGAUGUGGUGCUGCUGAGCAGCGAGGAUGAGGAAACAAACGCCGCCGGCGAUGGCCAAGCGGAGGAGGCCAAGCCAGAUGGCGGCGGACAAUCAGCGGAGCGACGACUCUCUGCCGACGAGAAUCUGCAUCUGUUUAAGUAUCCGCCCACCGGCACCGGUGGCCUGAGCAUCAGCAUGAAGGACUACAUGUGCCUCAGUAGCGGCACAUAUCUGAACGAUGUCAUCAUUGAUUUCUAUUUGUGCUGGCUUAAGAAUAACAUCAUACCGGAGGGUCAGCGCGAUCGGACGCACAUCUUUAGCAUAUUCUUUCACAAGCGAUUGAACACGGUGACGCUGCCCAACAAAGUUCGGCAGACGGCGGCCCAGAAGCGGCACAAAGUGGUGCAAAGAUGGACACGAACCGUGAAUAUAUUCGACAAGGACUUCAUCAUCAUACCAUUCAACGACCAGGCCCAUUGGAUACUGGCCAUCAUAUGUUUUCCCAGCCUGCGAGGUCCAGUGGCAUACAAUGAUGCUGAGUCGUCCAACCGGAGCGAUGACAUUCCAAUCAAACAGCCUGUAAUACUCAUCUUCGACUCGUAUCCGGUCUACUCACGACAGCGUGCGAUUGAUAUACUGCGGGAUUACCUCACGUGCGAGUACCAGGCAAAGAAUCCAAAUGCGCAGGCGCAUAUCUUCACCAAGGACAACAUGCCCGCUCAUCGAGUGGAGGUGCCGCAGCAGGAGAAUCUCACCGAUUGCGGCCUCUAUCUGCUGCAGUAUGUGGAGCAAUUCUUCACCACACCCAUCAGAGACUAUAGACUGCCCAUUAGGGAGCUGAGAAAUUGGUUCGAUCCACUGACGGUGACCAAGAAGCGCGAGGAUAUCGCCAAACUCAUCCAGCAUCUGAUGGAUGAGGGCAAUCAGCAGCAGCAGCAGCAGCAGCCGAGCAAAAUGCUGCCCGUCAUCAAGUUUCCCACACUGAAUGGCCAACUGGUGAUGGAGGAGGAUGACGAGGACAAGGAUAGCGAUAGCAAGGAGGAGGAGGAUCCAGCCUAUGCAAGCAGGAAAUCGGAUGAUGAGGAUGAUGAGGAUGAAGAUGAGGAGCAAACGAAGCAGGAAGAUUCAAAAGUUAGGCAACCGGCGAAAAGAAGGAAUACGACUGAUGCAACACACAAUUAAAACCCACUUGUGCUGUUGUUCUGGAAUGUAGUUGCCACGGGAUAAGAAAUGAUUUGUAUAGAAGAACUGAACAUGGCCACUUGUUGGACCACCAGGAGGAGCAAGUGGCCACCAACAUUAUACAUUUCGUGCCCGAAAGUCAGGAAAACUGUGGGGAAAGUCACCAAAAAGAGCAGUACGCCCAAAAAAAGACGUUAAAGAGGCUAACCAAGAAAGAGAUCACCAUCCUGUUGAUGAUUCCAUGAUUCCUAUUGAUGAAAAGGGUCAAAAGAACUAAAGUCAGUUAGCAGAAACUUAAAAAAGAUAUAUGAAUAUGAGAGAAAUGAUCUUUUAAAGAAUAGAAGCACAGUAAAUUUUAGAUGUAGGAGCAUUUCAAACACAAAAACAGUCAGUUGCAUGUUAAUAUAGCUUUAUAGAUUGCCAAAAAUGAAUCCUACUUAUACGUAAGCUACCCCGCAGUGGCGUUCAUCAGCCAUUCAUCAGCUAUUCAUCAGCUGUUUGCAAGGACAAAGUCAAAAUGGUGCAACUGCAGGGUA